CGGCGGAGACAAGGAUGUGACUGCACCCGGCGGGCGGAGGGUGCACUCGGCGGCGGCGGCGGUCGGAGCGAAGCUGCGGGCGCCCGGGGCUCCCUCUCUCCUCGCUCGCCCUCUCUUCUCCCGCUUCCCCUGUCCCCAGUCCGCGGCCCCCGGCGGUCCGGCUGCCCCGACCCCGCGCCCCAGACCUCGCCGCCUCGGGGCACCCUUCCCCUGCCCCGGACCGCCACUCUCCGGCCGCCCCCGUGCUCCAGCGCUGACCCUGUCCGCCGGCGGGGAAGGAGGAGGAGGAGGAGGCGGCGCCGCCGAACCACCGGGCGAGAACAUGUCGGAAGUGCUGCCGUUUAACGAGGAAAAGCUGGGGCACUAUGGAGAUGGGGGGGACGUGGGCCAGAUCUUCACGUGCCGCCUGCAGGAUACCAACAACUUCUUCGGGGCGGCUCAGAACAAGAGACCGCCCAAACUGGGCCAGAUCGGCAGGAGCAAGAGAGUUGUUAUUGAAGAUGAUAGGAUUGAUGACGUGCUGAAAAAUAUGACAGACAAGGCACCUCCUGGUGUUUAAAGCCCCCAAAGACACUGAGUUAAGGGAGAAAAUGAUGAUAACAAACACAGCAACUUCACACAGUUUAUUGGCAAAAAAAAAAAAGCACUUUGAAAAAAAUCUUCAUUACUCUAGCCUGCAGUCCACAAUGCGGACACACCACCAACCUGUAUCUUGUGUCAGGCCUGGGGACAGAAGAGGUGUGAGCAUAGCAAGGACAGAAAGGCUCUAGGGUCUUCUGCAGAAAUAAAAACAAAAAGCAAAAAAAAAAGAUUAUUCAAUAAAUUAGUUGAUUUACACACACUCAUAUGGAAAUUGACAUCAGCUGCAGCUGUUUGUCUAAAUUAAUAUGCGUUUCCUUUUAUAUACAGUGAAUAUUGCGCAAUUCUAGACCUGGAUUUCCAGCCACUUUAAAUAAUGCAGCAGCAGCAGCAGCAACCGCCUGCCCAGCAAAAUGCCUCUGGGUUCCUGGUGGGAGGGGGGGGGCUGGCAUCCCCUUUGCUGAUCUGGCUGCCCUGAAAGUCAGCCCUUUGUUUACAUUAUUCCCAUCUGGCAAAAAUCAUUUCUGUGCACUUAGAUGUGAAAUGCUGUCCGUUUCAUUUUUACAAAAAUAUUCAUAUCUUUGGAUGUGUGUAAAACAAAACAAAACAAGAAAACAAAAAAAACCCCAGAAUGACUUAUAUAUAGAUAUAUAGAUAGUUAUUCUAUUUCGUUUUCCCGCCACCUUGGAAGGUCUUCCUUGGUGGGAUGUGUGU